AUGAAUCGUCAGUGUAGGGCUGCGAGUGUUACAGCAGUUCCAGCAAGCUAUCGGCUUGGCCCAUGUGAACUACCACUGCCGGACCAGUGGCUUGUGCAUACACAACUGUCGCAGUCAGCGCAAUCGUCUCAAGCAUCGUUCUACUCCACAUCGCAAACCGGUGGCCAAAGUUUGGGUGGACUGGGUGGACUGUCAGCCACAACACUGCCGAUACAACAACAUUCCACCAGUGCCCAGCAGCAGUCAUCAGCUCAGUUGCAACACCAAAUCAACGUGCCGCAAUCAGCAGCCGCAACAGCUACACCGGGAGCAGCUCCAGCAUCACAACUGCAGAGUCAGUCAAAAAUAAUGAAUGUCGUCGUACCAUCCGUGGCCUGUCCGCCUACUGCAUCGAAAAAGAUUCGCCGCAAACCAGACGCGAAGCAGCCACAGUCACAGAUCAACAAGUGCAACAACGAGAAACGUCGCCGAGAGCUAGAAAAUGAGUAUAUUGAACAACUUGGCGAGUUUCUGCAGAUUAAGCGGGAUAUGACCGCUUGCAAACCAGACAAAGCGGCGAUACUAAGUGAAGUUGUACGAACGUUUCGUUCUAUGCUAGAGCAAGGAAACCCGAAUCUCACUGGUUCGCGGUGUUCCAAAUGCUCACCGGAUUGUUCUGCUUCCUGCAAACUGCACCCGGUGCAACAGGGAGAAGUGUCAUCCACUGAACCGCCACUACCGGAACCAUCGGUAAACGGCCACUCGCCGGAAAAGUCAGCCUACUUCGAGGCGGUGCAACAUUACAUCUCGAACGUCGGCUGGGCCCUACUGGAGAUCAACUCGGAGGGUGUGAUCGAAUGUGCCACGGAGAACGUCCGCGACGUACUGCAUUACUCGCGCACGGAACUCCACGGACAGUCUAUAUAUUCGUACCUGCAUACUGGUGAUCAUUCAAAGUUGAGUCCUAUUUUAAAUAAGAAUUCGUUUGAGCUAAACUGGGAUCAAAAUGAAAUGUUCUAUCAGACGCCAAAGCGUACCAUACGUACUAAAAUUCGUUGGUUACUGAGGGCGCCAGAAGGAGCAAACGAAACGAUCGAGCAAAAGCAGCAGCGCUUGGAAAAAUACAAGGAUCUGCUGAUCAUCUCUGCUCCUGUGAAGGAUGAUACGGAGGAAUCGUCCUCGGUGCUUUGUCUAAUUACACUACCCGAGGACGAACAGGCAACCAUAGAAACUACCACCAUGCCACAAACGCUGGACGAACAGCUAACGUUGAAGCUGGAUACUAGUGGUAACAUUAUAAAUUAUAACUCAUCGACGCUAAGGAAACAGUUUGCAGGAAAUCUUACCAAAGAAACAAUUCGGUCUAUCUACGACAUAUGCCACUAUCAGGAUCGACCACGAUUGAACGAGCACCUCAGCAAUGUACGCUCGUCGAACGGAACCCCUCACGAGCUGACCUACCGGCUGCGUCUCGGUGGACCGGAUGUUUACGUGCACGUGAAGACCCAGUCGAAACUGUUCCGCAGCACAAAACCAAACGAAUCGGACUUCAUAAUGGCCAUCUGUACCGUACUGACGGAAAAUGAAGUCGCCAUGCUCUCGUCGGACGGCGGCAGCGGUGGAGGAAUGGUGAUGGGUGGAAGUGGCAGCAGUGGUGGCCUUAGUGCGGCAAUGAGCGGCAACAACAUUAACAAUAACAACGGCAACAGCAGUAGCAGUAAUCCUACCUCAUCCUCAUCCAUGGGGCUGCUAAUGCCAAGCACGAGCAGCUCGGUGACAGGAGGCGGCCUAAAUGGUGCCAACGACGUCGUAGCUCGUCACAUGGCCCAAAUCACACAGGGAGUUAGUAAUAUGGGUGGACCGCUGAUGUCGAGUGUGCUUAAUGGAGGUAGUGCCGGCACGGGUAGCAACAGUUCAAGCUCCUCGAGUAUGCUCGGCGGUGGGGGAGGAUCGGGCGGUGGUGGGAUGACCGGAGGGAGUAUGAGUGUAUCCGGUGGUAUGACAGGCCCGGGAGGUACACCGGGAUCGGGAGGAUCCGGCAUGGGUCCCGGCGUAGGCAUGGUUGCGGGAGGCAAUACUGGCAUGGGACCGGCCACCUCGAUGAGCUCGAUUGUAUCGCCGCGUAGUAAUCCCAACUCAUCGUCGCUGUUGUGCGCUCCAUCCUCCGACAAUAGUAACUUCUUCAACACGGACUUUGAGCUCGAAUUUCCACAUUCCACGUUCGACAUGGAGGCGGUUGGUGUCGGGUGGGACUCGCGACCCGACUCCCGUACCAGCGUUACUCCGGUCAGCACCCCUCGACCUCCGUCCGUUAGUGCGUACAGCCCAGCGGCCGCACCGAUGUGUGCGUCACCGAUGACGCCGUACUACUCAGGCAACACGAUGGGCGGAAUGCCUUCACCUUCGAACAACAAUGGUGCAGCAGGUGGCAGUAGUAGUGGCGGGGGCGGUGGCCUCAUCAAUCCCAGCUUAUCCCUGAACAAUAAUAACAACAAUAAUAGUAAUACCAACAACAACAACACUGGAACACCGUUCGGCACGAAUGCGUUUCAGUUUCCGUUCGACGACAGCAAGGAUAAGCUGCAGGAUAUGCAGUCGCAACAACAGCAACACCAUCACCCCCAUAUGUCCCCAAUGCAGCAGCAGCAUCCGUCUGGGAUGGCAUCGCAGCAAAUGGUGCAACGGCAGCAGCCGCAGCACCCACAGCAACAUCACCAGCAACAUCUGCAGCAGCAUCUUCAGCAACAACAAACGCAGCCACCAUCGAAUACGCACGAUUCCGAGCGAUUACGGAAUCUGCUUACAACCAAACGACCUCACUCAAAUGCCUCAUCCUCAUCCGGUUUGGAUAUGGACCAUGACCAUCGGAAUCCGAAUCGAAUUUUAAAGGGUUUGCUAAAUUCCGAUGAAGAUAAGGAUAGUAAUGGCAAUAAAAUAAAUACCGCAUCUCUUUCACAACGUAUACCUCAGUCAGUUAGAACUCCAGCGCAGGGUAGUAAUAAUGGUGGUGGUGUUAGUGGGCUGGGAUUAACAAACCGCGCGGGAAAUGAGAAUAAUAAAGCCAGUAGCAAUAAUAUGCUAUUACAGCUGCUCAACGACAAAAGUGACGACGACGAAAGUGACGCCCGCAACCGACAAGGUCCGAGCGAACUUCUUAAGCAGCUACAAAAGGUUAAAGAUGAGCCAAAGGAGCAUAAUCCACCGCCAUUGAACAACGAAGAACUCAUCCAGAUGUUACGGGUACAAAGUAAUGAUCGUAAACGGCCUUCGACCGAACCGGACGAAGGUGCCGCGGUCAAGCGAUCGGACAACAGGCCGUCGAAGUUGCGCGAGCGCAACAAGAUGCUUGCCUCAUUGCUGGCCAACCCGGCCAAAGCACCAAUGCCAAUGCAAAACGCAAUGCCGUUCAACCGCAUCAUCCCGGACAUACCAAACUCGGGACUGGCUCGGCAACUCGCCAACGUGUCGAGUUCGACGGCACCGAACCAGACGCUGAAUAAUAACAAUCUAACAACUAGCAACAAUAAUUUAAAACAAGUACAACAGCUGAACCAAAUGCGCCUCCAGCAGCAGCAGCAACAGCAGCAGCAACAACAGCAGCAGCAGCAGCAGCAGCAAAUGCGCAAAUCAGCUAUGCCUUCUCAAUCGCAGCAACCUCCAACAUCCUCCGAUAUCUACCUCAACCAUCAGCAACAGCAGCACCAUCAUCAACACCCCCAGGCGCACCCACAACACCUGCAGCAGCAGCAGCAACAUCAUUCGCAACAUCCGCAACAGCAGCACCAUACGCAGCAGCAGGCAUCGAUGAUGCAGCAGCAGCAAAUGUUAGCCGCCCAGCGGCAGCAAAAUUUCUCACCCGCCAUCCAGGACUCCGGUAUUGGUUCGGCUGGGAGCGGUUCGUUUGCCACAUCGACGCCCGCGACAUCGACCCAGCUCGUUUCCGAGUGGGAUCCGGAGCUGAACGACAUACUUAAUCACGUGAUUGAGAUUGCACCGGAGGGCGACUUUGCCGAAAGUGAACUCAACAGUAUCUUAGGCUUAAGUCCGAUCGAAUCGUCUACAUCGUCGGUUGUACCGUCGUCACAGUCGAGCCAACCGGACAUACACGAAAAGUUAGCGAUUAAUGCAAUUCAAAAAUCGUUAAUGCAGUAUGAAAACGUCAGCUCGCCAUUGCAACCCCAGCCGCAGCCUCAGUUCAGUGGUAGUCCCCCUGCCUAUCCAAUGCUCGGAAUGGCUAGCGGAGGUAACAAUGGUGCUGUUUCAGGUGGUGGCAGUGGCUCUGGUAUGGGUUCCGUAGGACCAGCCGGCACUGGACCGGGUGUCGGUGCCAGUAGCGGAGGGCCUAGCGGCACGGGUAACGGUGGUACGGCGGGUGGUCCGGGAUUAAAUCCCGGCAGCAGUUUACAACAGCAAUCGUCACAAGCGGGGCCAAACCAAAACUUCACACCUCCUCCAGUGUACACGCAGCGAAUGCGGAUACCGCAGGGACAGCUUGGCAACAACAGUCCCGUGGGACCCCCGAAUAUGCUCGCCAUGCAGAAGCUGCAGCAUCAAACCCGGGACCGUAUUUUGCAGGAGCAGCAGCGAACCCGGUUGCUACAGCAGCAGCAGAAACAGCAGAUGGUUGUUACGGUGAACCCGACAGCCAACUCAGACCUUGGUCCUCCGAACGUUACACUGACUCGUGCGAAUAAUGUGCCGGAUUCACAACUUAGUCCCGGAUUUUCCCCGAGUCUGAUGCAGCAACAGCUGAGUCCAAGUCAAAGGACGCAACUUAGUCCGCAACAAGCAGGAUUCCAAGGCAACCCGUUCAACAACAAUCCAGGCCAUCGUCUAUCUCCUCAGCUACAACAGAUGGUUUCCGGUUUUGGCAAUGCGGGUGGUAAUGUAAAUCAACAACUAUCACCGCGCCAACCACCGUACGGUGGCGGAGUUGGAGGCCCAACGGUUAACCAGCCGAAUGUGGUCGUUCCUGGACAAUCACCGCAGCAACAGCAACAACAGCAGCAGCAACAGCAGCAACAACAGCAACAACAGUGGCAACAAAAUGCGAACGCAAGGCUGUCAAUUCAGCAGCAAAACCCGAUGCUGAAUGCUCAGCUUUCGUCGGUUGGCGGUUUUAACCCUGCGCAGAAUCGACAGUUCGUCGGCCCACCUCAAAGGCAGCGAAGUACACUUAACAGUCCCGGAACGCCACGGCAGCAAAAUGCGUUCGGUGGCUCCAUGGUGGACGGUGGCGGGUUUCCAGGUCCACCGAGCCCCUCGCCUGUCGGCGUUUCCGCACCGAACUUUGCCAAUCCCGUCUAUGCCAACCAGCAGAUGAGGCUUCAGCGGCAAGGCAGUGUGCCUCCGCAAUCCACUCAACACUUGCCAGCUGUUUUCGCAGGAUCGCCCCGUUCCGCGUACGGUGGACAUGGGCCUGGUCCGGAUGCCACCGGUUAUGGUAUGAUGUUCGGCAAUGCAGCAGCAAUGCAGCAGCACACGGCGAACUCACCAGGCGAUUUCUUCAAUCGCAGUCAAACUGGUCUCAACGGUGGUAUUAUCGGUGGUGGCAAUAGUAUUGGUGGCGGCAGCAUCGGAAACGGUGGCAAUGGGCUAGGACUUAGCAAUGGCACAAAUUCCGGUGGCCAAAGCCUAAACCAUUCGGAACUGGUACGGCAGGAGCUGCGGGCCAUUGUGAGUGGCCGAGCGCAACGUCCACCAUCGCACAGCCCGAUGGGCCUAUCGCCCCUGGGAGGAAUGGCCCUGCAAAGCUGUAGCGAGGGUGGUAACGGUGUUGGUAGUAACGGUGGUCUGAAUGUUUCCACCGUGGGCAGUAGCAACGGAAGUUGCACCUCCAUCUCCAACACGUCCGCCGGUGGUAUGCUGAGUGGUGGUAUCGGUGGUGGUAGUAAUGUGGGUGGUGGAAGCACACGAACAUCCUUGUCGGAUGCCGGAACGUCCGGACCGAUGCUUCACAGCGGUAACACUUCCACCGGGCUAGAUCCAUCGAUGCUGUUCAAUUUUCAUCUCACCCAGAAAGAGUUUUUCGGAGGAAACACGAGCCGGUGACCCGAGAAAUUCAUCCCUUCUUCUGCAAAAACUUCUAUCGGAUUGAAGUAAAGCCCCGCGGAUCCCGGUAGACGAUGGAGAGCAUCACCUCCUACAUUUGCUACACACCACUAACCACCGCCGCAGCCUGUGGGGGAGGUCCUGUGCCGUUGACAUCCUCCGGGAGUGGCACUAGCUAUAAGCUAGUAAUAUGCAGCAAAUGUGAAAUGCUUUAAACACGCGGGAAAAGACAAACGCGCGAUGGACGAAAUGUUGUGUGUGUGUGUGCGUGUGUGUGACUGGUGCUGACAAGGUCGUCAUCUGCCAUACACACCAUGACCAUCGUGCGAUUCGGAGAUUGUGAUCAAAACACGGUAAACCGAGGGGUAAACCUGCGCGCACACAUAUUUGCUAGAUUGGUAAAAUGUGUGCAACCCCACUAGAAGAGAGUAAACAUAAAAAAAAAAACAUUUAAAAAAAUCUUACCUUGCAAGUGUACUGAAAAGGCUCAUCCGGUGCAAGCAGAGGUGAUUAACGCGACCAUGCGUUAAUAUGCUUCACUGUGUGCCGUUGAGAGCGAAAGCAACAAAUGAUACAACCGAUUUGUGAUUUGAUGUUGAAAACAAACUAAAAUUAAAGUAGAAAACCACAAACACACGCCAGCGCGCCUGUGUGUGUGUGUGUGUAAAAAAGCUGAAAAACAGCGAACGAAACAGAUGCAUGUGAUGUGCAUGUAAAAAAUAAAGCAUACAAAGUAGAACAAAGAAAAGGGAAAGGCGAGAAUUAAUGGUAGUUGAGAGUGGGUUGAUGGAAUAGUUACGAGUAAUUGCUAAUCGUAUUGUAGAGUUAAAGAAAACUCCCCCAACUGUACAUAAUAACACCCCCCCCCCCCGCCCUGUGUGCUGUGCUACGGCCACGGACACGAUAAGUUAAGUAAACAAGUCAUGUGUGGAAAGAUGAACACAGGUUAAUGUUUUUUUUUUGUGUAGUGGAAGAUGUUGCUGCGUUCGCUUCUUAGGCAUAUUGGCGCAAACAAAAUGAAGAAAAAAAACAUAAGUGAUCAUAAUAACAUUGUUCGAGAACAGGUAACAAAAACAACACAACAAGAGUAUAAAAAAAUGGUAAUAAUGAAUGAAGGGAAAUAGAAAUACCUCUAACUUUAGUUCAAAGUAAAAACUACAAGAAAAAAAAAACAUGAGUAAAAGAUGCUUAAAAAAAGCGGAAUGUUACAUCUUGGAAUACACACCUACAACACAGUAACACACCACACCACCAUGUAUAAUGAAAUCAAAAAAGAUAAGCAUAUGUUGGUUGAAGCAGAUACACUCUAUAUCGGCUGUUGCCUGUCGCUAAAUGGUUAAAACAAUAUAUAUAAUAUGCCUCCCAGCAGCGAUAGCAGAUAAUAAUCGAAACCAAAAUACUGUAGAAAACACAAAACGAACGAUUCAGCGUACGAUUAGAAAGCAGCUAAGAGACACACAGACACACAUAAACUGGAUUAUCCUCAAGAGAAAAGAAAAGCCCCGAAACCGGGUAACCGUUUGUUACAGCCAAACAGUUCACUUAAUUGUGCACAACUGUACAAUGGAAACUCAUGCCCACACAACGCAAAACACACUCUGACUCUCUCUCCCUCUCGGAUCAACAAUCCAGAAUUAAUCGGUUUCGAUGAGGAACGAAGCGGAACAAUAGUAAUUUUACCACACCAAAACGAAGGUGACCAAAACAAAACAGAAAUGGGACUUCGAAAUGGGGAAAACAACAGCAGCAAAGCAAAACAAAACAUGCAACAUGUUUACCAACAAAAAUACACUACGAAAAAAAAGGGCCCGGUCAAAGAAGACAAAAAGUUCGUGUACUGUGAUAAUUUCUACUACUUUUUUCGAUACCACGAACCUUCUGGUACCAGGUUGUUACAUGUAAUACAACAACAUAUUUGUUUUGUGUUAUUGUGUUUUAAAUUGGUCACACUUGUUUUGUAUUUCCGCGAUGGUGUGCUCCAUUAGUGCAGUGUUGGUGCAACAACCGUUACAGCAAACAAAGGCAACCCGAAUGCGCGCGCAUCCUGACUGCUUUGGCAUUUUCCCUUAAUGUGACCGUUUGUUUUGUUUUGUUUUAUUUUUUUUUUAACAAGUUGUUUAAUGUUUUACACGCACGCUGUUAAAAACAUCUACAAUGCCGGUGCAUCAUUCUGUGUUUUGUUUUCUUCACUUCGGUAUGAUAUAUGCGAGCCGCCAAUUUAUAUUACUAAGUGCUAACCGAUUGCAAACACUUGAAGUUACUCUUCUGAAAUUGAACACAUCCCUUUUGUGCCCGUUUACAAUGAUGAAAUGAUGUACGUCGGGAGGAAGAAAAUUAACAUCUUUCCCUUCUGCUUAUAAUUGGCUUGCAAAGAUGCAGAUGGGGAACAGCAGCGCUCGCCCCCUUUACAUUCGGUUCUUGUAAGCGGAAAAGUAAAAAAAUGCAAACCCUAAAACCAAGGCUAGCAUGAGAUUUGCAGUAAAAGCACGAGACAAAAAAGAGAGAACAAACUCAGAAAUGGUUUUGCUGUGCCAGGUGUGUAUAAUCGUUGCCUGAACACGCAUAUAGUGAUCGUUGUGUAUAUAUGAGUUGUAAAAGAUGUACAAGUUUUUACUUCUUUUUUUUUAAUGGUUAUUAUCUACAAAAUGGAAUUUUCUUCCAUUUUAUUAUUUGCUCUUUGUUCGUUAUAGUUCGGGGUUUGGAAAUGGCAAAGCUUAACAUACUAGGUUAAGGCAAACUACAUCAACAAAAACACACACACACAAAUUAUACACUCUUCUCCCGCCCCCCCUCACAGUGAAAAUGCUUCUUUUUGCGCGUUUCGGUGUCGAUCAAUCCUUUUUUUUUUGUGUUAUUUUAUCCUUUCUCACUCUACACAUCCCGGGUAUUGAUAAUUUUAGCAAUUUGCGGUACCAAUAGUCUGCUUAAUUUAAUAACACAAUGUGCUUUUUUUUUACAACUUCACUGUAAAUAUUAUUUCGCUGUUCUGCUGCACAAACGCGUCGAACAAAUCCAAAAUUGUUUAAUUCUGUUCAAACGUCGGUUGAAUUAUCUUCAUUACUGGCUAGCUUUCACCCACACAAACACCGAGUAAUACGCAUUGUUUUUUUUUAAUUCCCCCCCUUUGCCUUUUAACUGCAACAACAACCCGACACCCCAAUACCGAAAGAAGUACACAGAGACCAAUUGAAAGCCAAUCUGGAAUCACUACAAUUUAUAAUUAUUAGCGUCACUACAGCUGUAAUAUUAUUAUUAUUAUUAUUAUUAUUAUUGUCAUUAUUAUUAUUAUUAAUAUUAUUAUUUUCUAUAUAAAAUACAUUAUUAUAAUUAUUAUUAAUAUUAUUAUUGCUAUUCAAUUAUACGAUUUACACGUU